GUGUUGGCUUCGCACAUGCGCAGUGCAAACGCGCGGGACAUUGCCGGAACACAAACAGUCGGGCGACAUUUGGAAAAGCUGCGAUCAUUGACACGAAUAUACGGAAUAUUACCUCACAUAAACAACAAUAAAGAGGUGACAAUGAGUAGCAGCAUGGCAGACGACUUCAACCAAUCCCUCACCCCUCCAGUCUCCCCAACAGUUGGUCUGUGUGAGCUUUCCCCAGCCAAACCACCUUGGUUCUGUUGCUCUGAAGCAAAGGAGAAUCCAACUGGAUCUCUCUCAGAUGAGGGAUACACAGCUAGUGGUUCACUGAAAAGGCUGCUGUUGUGUCUCGAUCCAGCCCCUGCAGACUACGAGAGUGACACAGUAGAGAUCUUUGGUUUAACCUGGGUUACAGAGACAGCACUGGUUGAAUCAACAAAGCUACUCUUUGGUCUACUGAGGCAAAAGAUCUACAUGCUUGAGACUAUGGCACAGCACAUCUCACCUGACUUUGGUCAAAGAUCCAACCUUCACUAUGAAGCUUCUGAGCUCAGACAGCAGUGUGUAUUAUUUCUUCAAUAUGUUAAAGUCUUCCUACACAGAUACCUCAGGGUUUCCUGCAGCCUUGAUGUACAUCCAACCCACCCUUUUGAGGAGUUGGAGGGUCAACUUCCCUCUGUUCUAGUCGAGGAGUUGUUCGGCAUCAUUCUGCUCAUUGGCCGUCUUAAAGACCUGCCUGGCAACAUUCAGAAUGCUUUCACUAUACAGAACCCUGGAAAGAUUUUUCCUCCAUCUUGGCAUUUGUUACACCUUCACCUUGACAUCCAUUGGUCAGUCUUGGAGAUCCUCCACCUGUUGGGCCACAAGAUGCAUGGCCGGGUGGUGUACGCACACCAGUUCAUGAACCUGACGGGAGAGAACUUGACUGAUACCAGUCUGUUUGAGGAGCACCUGUGCAGCCUCCUGUGUGACCUUACUGGCCUGGCCAUGGGGAAAUACAGCAAGGUGAGGCCAACAGAAGUUCUCAGCAGUCACCAUUACCUCUGCUCCUGCACCAAAGAGCUGUGGAUCCUUGUCAUUCACCUUUUGCAUUAUAGGAAUAAAAGGCGACACUCACAGUCUUUUUGGAGCUAUCUCAACUCGUUACUGAGGCCUCUAGUGUCAGGUAAACCUGCAGCAGAACAGUUCAGUAGCCUCCCGACACACUGCAAGGACCCCCAAGGAUUCACAUGGUGGCUGCUCACUCAUCUAGCAAUAUUAGGCCAGUACAGUCAAAAUGGCAUAAUUCAAGAUGAGAAAUUCCAAGAUGACAAUUGGACGUUUGUGGAGGAGUUGCUGAAGUUGACUUGCAAGGCACAGGGGGGGCUUGCAGAGGAGCAGGUCAGAAUGCAUGUGCACUGUUGUCUAUCUCUGUGUCUGCUGUGGAAACCCAGUACCAGCGCCGUCUCGAUCCUCUGGGACUACUACAGCAAAAACCUGGGUGCCUCAUUCAGUGUGCCGUGGCUUGGAAUGAGCGGCCUGGGCACUUUGUGCAAGACGCCCCUGUCUCUUUUGCAGCAGGCACGCAACUGCUGUGAGCCGUCUCCCCUCCUCUCCCCAGGACACACCCAACUGUACCGUUCGGCCAGUUCUUUCCACAUCUUUCUGCGAGUGCUGGCCUUAUGCCUGUCUCAGGACAGCGUAGGGGGAGUACCACAGAGACAGAUCAAAGGAAGGAUUUGCUCAAAGUUCUCCUCAAAGAAGAUGAAGGAGCUGACGGAGGCCGGGCUCAUGAAUUUCUUGCUCCUGUUUCUGGUGGUUGCCAGGAAGGUGGAACUGGAGGAUGUUGCCAGUAAAACCUGUGAGCUGCUGGGCUUCCUGCCAUCUGACUGCCCUCCAGGACACCGCACACUGGUGUGGAGGGGACAGCUGGCACUGGUGUUGUUAUUUCAGGAGAGGGGCUUGGAUCUCGGCCCACUUGCUAGUGGGCUAGCCACAUCUUUCAAUGAUAUCGCUAAGGAGUUCUACAAUAAAACUACCGAGAUGUCUCGUAAGAUUGCCCUCUGGGGGCCUCUUGGAUCAUACCUGGAGGGGGUGGCUGAAGUGUUCGAAACAAGCACCAGGCUCAACCUAUCAGAGGAAAAACUUCUCAAUGAAGGCUUUGUGUGGUUGCUGCCAGCCUGCCGCCAGUCUGAACUCAACUCUGUUCUUGGCUUUCUGCUGACUGUCCUCGCCCAGCUCAGACGGGCACAUCAACAGCGUGUCCAGUCAGAACCCGCCUUGACCCGGAUGACUACCAACCCCGUUGUGAAAGAGCCCCACCUAGCGUUAGCAGUGGCACUUUGGGCCCACUUCUUCCCCUUCCUCCGCAAUUUACGCCUCUCUCAGACCCCUCCGGCUCAGUUGGCAGAUGCGGCCGCAGGCUUCACUCUUCUGGCAUUCGAGCUGCCCGCCUCUGCCCCCCAAGACCUUCAACCCACUCCCGUGCAGUCCAUCAUGCAAUACUUUGGUUGGGAUGACAUGGUUCAUCCACUUCUUGUCACGCGCUACCUUCCGCAUCUACUCCAAAACAGAGAGCUGUUGGAGUCACUCACCGGCGAUCGUGGCGUCAUUCUGUCAGCGUCGUCACAAAGUCUGUCAGUCAGGGCCUGGUUCCGAUGUAUUCUACAGCAACACCUUGGUGGAUCUGAAAGCAGAGCAGGCCUCGCUAUGGAGGAGCAGCUGUGUGAACUGACGCGCCUAGUGCUGAUGCUUCCCGAGGUGGAGAGUCUUCUGCGGAAAGCGAACCUCUCUCUCCCAGCCACCAUGACGACGCCCACUUCAGCCUUGGAGUUGUUUGUUGAGGCUGUAGGCAGAGUCUUCGGCACACUGCAGGUUUCUUCCGAGCGUUCAGCCAUGGUGACCAGAGCUCUGGACUACCUAGGAGACGUCCUUAAAUAUAUUAAACCCUCAUUGGUCAGCAAGAAUCAGAAAGGAAUUCAGCUGGCGUAUUGGGCACUCGGCUGCGUCGUGAAGCACUGGAGCCCCCUGCUGGUCACAUCCAAGGCGCAGCAGUUGCUCUUCCGCAUUGUGGAUCGGCUGCUCCUCCCUCAGAACCUCACUCAGCAAGACACAGCUCUCAGAAACAGCCUGCCACUCUAUCUACAGGGUCUGUCGGUGGCUUCUAGUGUAGCCCCGUCGCAAGGAGUGUACCUGAAGCAGCAGCUCCACUCCAUCAUCCGGAGAUAUCUUGACCAUUUCCUUCCCGCCUCAACUUCGCUGGGCAGCAUCGCCAAUCAUCCCGUGCUUCUCGGUGCAUGCGAGCCCAUCCCAAGCGGCACCGGAGCUUCGCUGAGGAGGACCAUCCUGCAGGUCCUCUGCGGGAGCUUCCUUCAGUUCCAAGGUCAUUGUCCUCCACCUCGCCUCGCAUCAGUCCUGUUUUUCCUGUUGGAACUUCUGAGACGCAACAGCGACUCAGACCCCGACCUGCUCGCUCUGCCGCUUCCUGCUUUACUGCGCUGCUUGAUGCUGGUCAAUGACCCUCAGGUGAGGAAGACAAGCACAAAUGCAGUACAACUUGUGGUCGAGCGAUGUGCUGCAGUGUGUGUAAAAGGACCGUGUGAGCAGCUGUUGUCGGUCUUAAGGUCAUUUGUGGCCGAGAAUGAGAGAGUGUAUGACAGGCAGAUUUACACCGUUCUCGAGACGGUGGCUGUUUUAGAUCCCCCUGUUGUUGAAGCCCUUAUUCCUACCCUGUCUCUUGCUCUGAGAAACAACGAACACAAGAAAGGACUGGGCAAGAACGCCACCUUAAGAAGUGCAUACAAGAAACUGCUGUGUCUUCUUGGGGAGAGUGGGCAGGCAGAAAUCUCAAGUUUGGAAGCAGAUGAAAGUGCCAAGACCUAAAAUCAGCUCAUAGCAUCUUCUACUGUCAUAUUCUUUGUUGCCAAAUAUUUUUCUAUUACCAACACAAAUGUUCACCUUAAAAAAAAAACAACUUCCAUGCAAUUGUAUUUUGUUUGGCACAAACAUUGAGUCAAUGCUGGAUUAACUAAAAUUUGACUCGAAUGUUUUUUUUUUUCAACCAGGUCGACACAGUAGCAUGACGUACGUACCCUUCCAUGAUUGAUGUCCAAUACAUCAGCUGUUAAAAAAAAUACUAAUAAUUUUGAUUGAUCAUGUUAGAUAAGUAUUUUAAAAAAGAAAUAUGCAAUUGUGUAAUCACUGUAGUACCGAAGACUACAGCAUCGAUACUGGUUGUUUAUGCAUGUUGUAUAGUGUACUUUACUGUAUAUAUUGUAAAGAAGGUAUUGACUUGAAUUUGUACAAGCAUAUCAUUUGCAAUUAAAUAUGCAAUUCAGAUUUUGGAUGUAUUCUACUCGGAUUAUGUGAAGUGAUCACAGUUAGGUGCUGGAUCUCUCUAGUGGGUCGCAAGCUUAGAGUUCCCAAUUGUGAGGGAAAAUGAUGUGUAAAGGCUCAAAUAUUUUAUAGUUUGUCCUAUUGCAAGCCAUUUCUUGAAGUGUGACUUAAGUUUGCUCCAAAUCACAAAGGCAAUCACCAAGCCUCUGUUUCGGUCAUUUUCCUGCUUCACUGUAUUGUUUUUCCUUCUCACAUCGGUGACAUUAUGUUGGGCAACUUCAACCUUCACUCUCAGUGGUGGCUGUAGAAUUCAUGCAUUGCCUCAAUUUUCUGUUCACUUACCUCUUGCUGCUCAAUGAUCAGGGAGCUUAAUCCCUCGUUUUCUAUGAAUGCUCCAGCUCGGACAAUAAUACAGUAGAUAAAUCACACCUAAUACACAAGUCAUUUAUUUUGGAAAGUCGAUAUACACUAUUCACUCAAAGACUGACGAGGGAAUUGCAACACGACACUGAAUUAUUUUGGUAGAAACUGCUUUGAAAAUCAGCAUGACAAAUAGUCAUCUAUGUACCGAGAAUGACAAGCAAACAUUUUAUUUCACAAUAAACAUGUCUUGAACAUGUUA